AUGGGAGUGAAGAAUGUACAUGGCUGUGAAAUGAAGGAAGGCAAUAAAGAGAAUAGACUCAAGAAGUUACUACCCUGGGCACCUGGAGAAUGUCAGGGUAUCAAGAAACCAGACAGUGAUGAUUGGGAGAACGGGCUGAAUGCAAUGGAGUGUGCAUUACACUUGGAAAAGAGCAUGAAUCAGUCACUACUGGAACUGCACAAACUGGCCACUGAUAAAAAUGACCCCCAUUUGUGUGACUUCAUUGAGACUCAUUACCUGAAUGAGCAGGUGAAAUCCAUCAAAGAAUUGGGUGACCACAUAACCAACCUGUGCAAGAUGGGGGCUCCCAAAUCUGGCAUGGCAGAGUAUCUCUUUGACAAGCACACCUUGGGAAACAGUGAUAGUGAGAGCUAA